UGUCAAUGUAAAUCAAGCUGAAACAUGCGACUUGUAGACAGAUAAUGUUUAAGAUUUUGUCUUCAUUUCAGAUUUCACACCACUGACAAUGGCCAGGGUACUCGGUAUUGGAGUCGGUCUUUUUGUUUUAGCCUUCUUCUGGGCUUUGGCAGUGAUUGUCGCUCUGUUGUUGUCUCGAGCGAAAGGAGCGGCGUCGUAUGGCAGUUUUGGCGUGAUAGCUGCAGUUGGGUUGCUGACUGUGAUUUUGGUGUUUAUCCCUCGAGAGCCGCAGUCUCCAGAUGAAGAUGAGGAUGCUUUUAAGAUUUAUGAUUACACAAUAGUGUAUAGGACAUGUUUGCUCGUGGCCUGCGCACUGUGUCUCAUUGGUGGAUUUGUGGUGUAUGUCAUUGGACAUCUUCCGAACCCAUACGAGCCAAACCUCUGAGAAAAGUACGAGGAUGAAGUACUCUGUAAAGAGCUAAAGGCAAAAGGAUGUUACUCAGAUGAGGUGCAGGUCACAACAUGGACCUGCGUACAUGAAGAUUUAACAAACAGUUGGCGUUCAGAUGUCAGUGUGUAUUCACAAGCCAAGCUUCUUCAGGGCAAGUGAUUGAGGCUAAGUGUUUGAGUGAACUACAGCAAAUUCUGUGAUCUAAAAAAAGUCAUGUCCUCAUAAGAUCUACAGAUUUUCUUGGAAAGCACUGUGCGUUAGCCAGAAAUUUACGGUUAAGCAAACAGUUUUAAUAGAUUUAAGAGUGCAUCUUGUAUCCAUGUUAACUUUUGUUAAUUUUAGGGAGUGCUUUCUGAAUGUUGGGAGUUCAGAAACACUUCUGCUCUCUUGGCUGGUUAACACAAUGUUGGAAAGUGUGUACAGUUUUAUAUGCAUCAGGUUAAUUGUGUUAUAAAUCCCAUCUUGUUAAUGCUCCGAUCAAUCUGACAUUAAUGCGAAAUGUCUUGACAUAUAACUAGAUGCAUGUAAUGGAAAAUAGUGUAUUCAUUCAUUCUUUGACAUUUAAAUAGUAUCCAUUUCAUACGAGUAUUUUUUUUAAACCACAUAUCAACCUCAUAGAAGACCUGGCAAAGUUUUCAGAAAGUUUACUUAUAGGUUUGUUUGGAGCUGAAAGAGGUUUUGUCAUAUUAUUAUUAAUGUAUGUGACCGUUGGUUUACCUCGUACUCAAGACGGUUUCACGUCGUACUCAAGACUGUUUCACUUAUCCAGCUGAGGUCAUUGUUAUAGUGGGGAGAAAAGAGGCUCAUCUUCUGUUAUAGGCAACUGAAAAGUUUGUCAGUAACUUUUGUCAGUUGUCAGUAAGGUCAGUGGUUUACCACACACUGGUUACUUUCACUUGUGAUUGUAUAUUUAUUGAAUAUGGUGUGAAACAACGAUCAGAUAUUAAAGAAAAAAUAAAUACAGAGCAAGGUAAUCAAGAAGGGCUGUGGUUUUGAAUACAUAUAUACAGGUAUACAUUUUUCUGCGAAUAAUUCAUAAGUUUAAUAGAACGCUUGAACUAGAGACUGAUUCCAGAAUGAUAUUCCAGGCUUCUCAAGUAAAUAGCUGCAGUUACCAUUUUCAGAGGUCACAUUAUAAUGGGACAUGUUUUUGCUCGGGCCAGAAACAAAACCUGUUUUUGGUUCUAAUUUCAUGAAUUUGGGGCAAAAGUGAGAAAGGGUAAAAAUAUGUAUACAUGUAUAUCAAAAAUCAGGCUAAUGAUGCAACUUACAAGAUAGGAAUGAUAAAUAAUAUUAAAUCAAAACAUUUUCAACUUCAAAGUAAACAACUUUUUUUUUUUUAAUUUCAGGACCCAUUAUGGGUAUAACAAUUAUUCUGUAGAACAAAUAAAGUGAUCUACAUGGUCAUGUUUUUGGUGGAAAAUAAAUUGU